AUGUCUCGGCGGCUGGGAAGACCAGCCAAAAGGAGGGAGUCCCAAUACGCCGGCCUCCCACCGGAUACGCAGCGCGUUGACCCUCGCCGUAACCAACGAGAUAAGAAGGCACCAGUUUCCAAGAGAAAAGCAAAGGAAGGCCAGGUGCACAAUAAGAAGGAUGACGAAGUCGACUUCCCACAGGGAUUUGGAGAAACAGUAGCAUAUGACACCAUUGCCGUCGACCAGACUAUGCUAGACGAUAUCUCCCUCGAUGACACUAAUCUGAGUACGCCGACCUUUGGCGAAAAGGAUCAACUGCCAUCAUUUGCAGUCAACGAUGCCAUCGAUUUUUCCUCUGACAGCUGGCUGCAAGAAUUUCUCUCUCAGCAAGGUCCCGAACUCGCACAGGAGAGCGAUCUCUUUGAUGCGCUGGCCCUCGAAAACCCCAAGAAUGAUAGGCAGUUGGCUGUCUUGAAACAGGGGUACAAUGAUUCGGAGUCCUUACCGAAGAGCUUUCCCACGUCGCCGCCGGUAGGAGAGAAUCACCCGCCGACGGUGAGCCUUUAUCUCGCAGAUGACCCCGUGCCCACCGAGACAGUUACCAGCAGUACUCAGUGCCUUGCGACGACUCAAGCCUCUUAUCCUGAAUUCCUCGAGAAAGGCGCUUCCCUCAGAUCUCAGCAGUUCUCAAUGGCAGAGGGGCUGUCUGGAAAAUCAUGGACUGCAACAGAACAAGCCAAUCUGCUUGCCCAUUCAAGAGCUUGGAAGCAACCGAAUGACGUUGGUUCUCCAAGUAAUAAUCUUUCUCCGAGCCUCACGCCCGUGACUACUGCGACUGGUCGCCAGUGUCAAUCCCGAUUUUGCACAGGAAAGUGCGAUGGAUGGGAGCAACCGAAGGCACGCAAGUAG